AUGAAGUUCUCUUUGAUCAAUGCUCUCGCAUCUGCGCUGCUACUCGUGGGCAUAGUGAAGGCGGCUCCUAUUGAUAGCCGUCAGAUGACCCCCGACUACAACCCAGUGAUCAGUCAAGUGCUUGAAACUGAGCUCAAGGAACGUCAAUUGACCCCCGACUACAACCCAGUGAUCAGUCAAGUGCUCGAAACUGAGCUCAAGGAACGUCAAUUGACCCCCGACUACAACCCAGUGAUCAGUCAAGUGCUCGAAACUGAGCUCAAGGAACGUCAAAUGACUCCCGACAACAACCCAGUGAUCAGUCAAGUGCUUGAGGUGCAGGAAAAUGAAAAGCGUGAUGACGGGCUCCGUGAACCUGCAAACAAGCACUUCAACUGGGAACUCGGCAUGGUGAUCUAA